AAUAUGUCUUCAAUGGAGUAAAAACUACAAUAGUUCCAUCAGAAAGUCUUCUCAAAUGAGUCCUUAAUUAGCCUUAAUUGCCCAUUAUUCGACGCCGGGGGGGCGUGGUUGUCUUUGAAUAUUCAUCAUCGCGUGGGGAGACAGCGCACGCGGACAGGGAGGCAGCAGCUGCACACUCACAGCUGGAUGGAUUUCAUAUUUGAAGUUUGUUGCAGAGGACAGAGCAGAGGGAGAGCAGAGGGUGAGCAGCGGGUCGAGGGGACUCACUUUGCUCCACGUUCAGGUGCGAGGUUAACGGCAGUGCAGCACCGCAGCCGCCGGGGAAAACCGCUUCAUGUUAAUGAGCGGGUUUAAAAAAGAUUUUGAAUUCACACAAAGCUACUGAGUCCAGACACACGGAAUCAUGAUGGAAUCUAUCUUAGACAGUUUGACAGCGGAUAAACUCUAUCCGUCUGCAGGAGCCAACCUGUUGGACCUGGAGGAGCUGAGCGACGGAGAUUUUCUCACUAAUGUGCCUUUCUCAGGUGACCAGAUGGACGACUUCAACAGUGAAUUAUUCAGCAGUUUCUUUGACGAUCAUCUAUUAGAGCGACCACCCCUACUGGCAGACAGACCCUCACUUUUACACAUGGACAUUGACAGCAGCCCAGAUAUUCAAGCAGAGCACAGCUACUCUUUGAGUGAAGACUCCGCCCCCCAGAGCCCAGCCCUGUCAAUCAAAAUGGAUCAAGAGUCUGAGUUUGAAUGGAGCUUCAAUCAGGACCUGUCGGCCAUCUUGGUGAAGCAGGAGGAACCCGAUGUGGGUCAAAGAUUAGAUCCUCAGCCUUUGGAAGGUCCGCCUCUCAUAUUAAACCCUGCCCCCCCACACAGAGGAUCAACUUGGAAACACACGGAGCACAGUCAGGAUGAAGUGAAGCCUGUGGCAAUAAAAGAUGAACCCAGGGAGAGUGGACAGUAUCUCAGCGUGCCCAGUGAUGAUGCUCUCCAGCUCCCACCCACCCCUCCUAGCAGUAACCACGGUGACAGCGACGGCUCCCUCCCUCCCUCCUCGCCUCAUCUCCCCCUGCCGCCGUCCUCACCUCAGCCACAGCAGAGGCCAGGAGGUCGUGCCUCUUCCUCCUCCUCCUCCUCCUCAGCCAUCUCCUCUUCGCCGCUCCUCACUGCACCACAUAAGCUGCAGGGUUCAGGACCUCUCAUGCUGACAGAAGAAGAGAAAAGGACGCUGGUUGCUGAGGGUUACCCAGUACCCAACAAACUUCCACUCACCAAGAGUGAAGAGAAGGCACUGAAGAGAGUCCGGCGGAAGAUUAAAAAUAAGAUCUCAGCUCAGGAGAGUCGGAGGAAGAAGAAGGAGUAUGUGGAAUGUCUGGAGAAAAAGGUGGAGAGCUACACGUCAGAAAACAGUGACCUAUGGCGAAAAGUAGAAAACCUGGAGACAGCCAACAGGUCUCUGCUGCAGCAGCUCCAGAAGCUCCAGUCGUUGAUUUCAGGGAAAGUCGUUUCCCGCUCCUCGAAAAUGGCCUCAACUCAGACAGGAACGUGCCUCAUGAUGAUGGCCGUGUGUUUUGUCCUGGUGUUAGGCUCCUUCUCCCCCUGUCUCUCUUCCCUCUCCUUCCUCACCCAAACUUCUUCCGCUGUCUCCUCCUCCUCCUCUUCCUCUUCCUCUCCUCCUCUGCCGUCGGCGGAUCUGUACACCACCAGUGCGGUCCGUUCCCGCAGCCUGCUCUUCUACAACGAAGGCUCCCCAUUGGAGGAGAGCUUAGCUACAGAAGGGGAGAGGCCACAGUCAGAGGCCCACAUCCAGAUGAGCCGCUACACCGCUGAUGCCCACAGGAACCACACGACCAAGCCCGAGUUAGACCGCAGAGAAACAAAACCAGACGGAGCCUCCGACUUUUUCUGACAUACUCUGUGACCCCUCCCUCCCAUGACCUGUCACCUCUGACCCAACAAAACAUCCCCAAAAAGCUCCGGAUUCCGGAAACCACCAGGUCUUCUAAUCAACAUCCACCAGGAUGAAAACUGAAAAUAUCAGCCUUCAUCAUCAACACCUUCUUCUUCUUCUUCUUCUUCUUCUUCUUCAAUUCUCUGCUUCAACAGUCUGACUUGACUUGAUUUUAAAGGGUCUCAUAAGUAGAAUUCCCAUUUGUUUACAUUCAAAUAUAAUGUAAAUUUAAAAACCCAACCAGUUUAAACAACUAGAAGGUUUUUUUUUUUUUGUCUUUUGGCUUCUCCGUCUCUAGGGGGCGCAUAUGUUUGAUUCGGCAGAGAUUUUUAUGCUGGACAUAACCCUCUCUUUUAUCUGGGUUUGGAACCAGCACCAGGAGUGCACUGAUGUGUCCCCCCUCAUGGCUGCGGUCCAUUUAGAGUGUCCAUUGAGCCAUGAGCAAUGAGCAACUUUUAACCUGACAGGGGCUCAAACCAACAACCCUUCGGUUGCAAGAAACUUUAGCCACUCUUGAAAUUUAGCAAGGAGCAUCAUGGGAAAUGCAAAUUUUAUACAUUUAAGACCACUUGUUUUAUUCCCAUUGGUUUCAGUUUUAUAUUCAUAUGAAUGAUCAACUCAUCUAUAUAUUUUUUUUUAUCAAUUUGGAGAAAAUUGUUUAAAAAAAAAAAAAACUUGUUAAAUGACCCAAAGACAUUUGUUUUCAAUUAUUGAAUCAAAGAAAAGGUUGAAAUGAACCUUUAAAACGAUGACUUUUAUUGAAUAACCACCUCAGUGCUUGAACUCUUUUCUCCACAACAGUGCAUUUAAAAUGUGUCUGUACACAUAACACAUAACCAAACACAUGCCAUUUUCAAAGUGCCUUUCACUUCACUUCUCACUAACUCUUUUUAAACUUUAAAAUCUAUUUUUUGCCACUAUAGCUGUAAGUUAUUUUUCCCUGUGGUGAGAAAGAGUGUUGACGUGGGGUCCACACAUGGAGGUCGGGGUGAGCACGAAAAAUAUUUUUAUGGAAUUAUGAAAGAAUUGUAUUUGUAAUAUAUUUGCAGCAUCGAAAAAAAGAGCAUAUUUAAUUUAUGCAACAAAAAAAGGGAACUUUUUUUUAAAGCUUAGUUUAUGUCAUUGUU